CUUGGCUUAGAGAACGAGGAGUAGAGUUGGGAGUUUGAUUCUACUGUUGAGGUUGAGGUUCUUGCCAACGAAGACAACGUUCGACAAAGCGCAAGCGGAACAAAAACUGAUAUUAGAGAAAAAAUAUCUACCUUUUCUUUGGUGAUAGCAACAACCCUUGUUGUAUUAAAAAGAUACUCCGAGGAUAUCAAAGAGCCCUAUUGUACCACCGCGAAACUGACCAAGAUGCCGAUCCUGAAGCAGGAAAAGUUGACGUUCCGGCCGGACCAGGGGGUUUUCGAUAUCAAAAUGAAAAAUCCCCCCUCCCCACAUCAAAACGAAAUUUCUGAUGCUGGAUUUGCGUAAGUACACAAAUCAGAUUUGUCUUGCACUAGAGGAGUGCAGGCCCAUAUCAUGCCGAUCUAGAGAGGUUACGACCUAGGCACUUAGCAUGAGGAACGUCUACGCUGUAGGCCCAACAGCAUUACAAAUCGCCUGCAUAAUGGGGCGCAGCCUAUGCGGUUGCUUUCUUGCAAGAGCAAGACAGAUGCGAUUUGUGGCCACAAAUAAGCAUCACAAAUGCUCUGAGGCGGGCCUUUUCGAUAUGGGGAGGGGGGAUUUUUUCUUACGAUAUUCGAUCCCAGUAAUUUUGACCAGUUCAAAAACGAGGUCACCGCCGGCGUUUACGAAGAUUGGAAGCGGGACACCGUCGACGAAGCGAAAAAGCGCGCCGUUUACCAGGCGCCUAUCCUGUGCAAUAGCAUCUGAUACUCGUAUUGUAAUCAUGCAUUACAAAUCUUGUUCUUAAGGUGAAUCCGCAUUACAAAUUUUAUUUCUCACGCGGAGGAAAUUUGUAAUGCAUUUAUACAAGUAUCGGAUACUUUUGCAGUUCAUAGCGCCCACCUACCACCAAUUCGAGCAGCUGGUCGCGGGCUGCACGCUGAAGCCGAUCAACAAGAGGGACUUUCAGGCCCCGCCGAAGUGUCUCGACCACAACAAGUACGGGAGGCAGGGGGGCGGUAUAUUAGGAGUUCGUAGUUCUUGUUUCGAACUGUAGUCUAUUGGCAUGCAUAGUUCUGCAUUCGUGCUGUUGUUUGUCAUGCAGGAAGAAGUAGUAGAUAGGAAAAUCGAAUGGAUAAAAUGAAAUCGCAGACCCCGCACUGAAGCAGACUUCCUCCAGCAGCUCCGCAUGUAUGGGACUGUGGAAAUCGGUGGUUUUGUUCCUUCUAUGAACUGCAAAAAUGUCUGGGUCUGGAAACUUGUGAUGCAAGUCCGUGAACAAUAAGUGCUCUGUAAUGCGCCGCCAAGCAUGACAAGUUUUUUCGUGCUUCUGUGAUGCGUAUUUCGCAUGAGAAACUGCGCUUUUGCAUGACAGGCAAGGGGACCUGUUGGUGGCCGCGCAAUACAGAGUGCAGAGUCAUGCCAGACUAGCAUGACAAUCUUCCAGACCCAGACAUUUUUACAUUUGAUACCUUCUUGCUCAGUGUAGUUAGUUGCACAGUUUCUCUUGCUCGAUCUUCUGCUUCAUUGCUGCAAUAAUUCUUUCUGUGUUUCUGCAAAAGUCACUUGUUCCGAUUGCAAAAAGAGAAGCAGCAACUAGUACAGUUGGUAGACUCUCGACCAUUUUCCACUUCCAUACCCUCCGGCGCCGAUGGCAACAAGCAAGCCGGAACAAGCAGCAAGGCGAAAAAGCUGACUAUGAAAUGCAAAAAUGUCUGGGUCUGGAAGAAUCCGAAAUUUGUUUAUGCUGUUUUUGCAUGACACAGAAUGUCUGCCAUGGAAGCCCUAGCAUCACAGAUGUUUAGAGGCCUUCCUGCUGCCUAUUCCGCAUGACAAAUCCCCUCCACGCGUAGCACAAACCGGACUCCUCUUGCUGUUUAUGCAAUACAGAAUUUUUUAGAGUCCAAAGUUAGGAUCACAAGUUCCAACCUUCGAGACCCAGACAUUUUUGCAAUCCAUACUGACGCGCCUGAGCGAAUUUGUAACCGCGUGGCACCGAGCGAAGGGAACGGAGGCGAAAGUACGGCUACUGGCCACGACAAUAAAGGUGUCGGAAAGCCGCAAGAUUUUUCACAAGCUCGAACCGGAUUUGCUGGAAGACAUUCUGCAGAUUCUGAUGACAAUGGCGGACGAAAUGGCAGAAAAAGAAACCACAGCGACCUCAGCUGGCAACGGGCAGGAGGAGAGCAAAGAGGGGGAAGUAGAAGUGGAAGUGGAACCGCUGCUACAGGUGUUUGAAAUUUCCAAGGAAUUCGAAUCCACCAUGCGAGAAACGGAAGCGAGCCGAAGCCAUUUGAGUUUCUGCUUUAGUUUUCUACCGACGGACUUUCAAGAGGAGGUGAAAAAGAAAUUAAACUGGGAAAAGUGAUCGGCUUUUUUGUGCAGGAAUGAAACUACGGAGAUGCAGUAGAAUCAGCUGCUGCAUCUCACUUCAAAAAAGACAUUUUUUUGUGAACAAGCACGCAAAGCACUAGUGCAU